CGGCUGCGCCGAACGCGCGCCCGUCACCGAAACACCGUGCCGGAAACACUCGCACGCAACCACAUGUUGUGCGCGAGUGUUGUUUUCCAAGGUCGUCGCGUCAAAGUUGCGUUUCCACUGACAGCGGUGUGCGCGCGCGGCGUGGGUCGCCCCGCGCGCACCGGCCCGCGCGGCUCCCCCGCAGAUGCGCUCGCAGUUGUGUUCGUGCAAAGUGUUGUUCUGUUGUUUCUGGUGAGGAGUGUGUGUGACGGUGGCCGCUCCUGGACGUAAACACAUGUUUGGGUGCAUGAAAUGAGGAGCCGCUGCUCGUGAGGCGCGUGGCGUCGGACUGUGACGGGACAGAUCGAAGUUCUAAACUCUCAGUCCUCAUUAGAGCCAUUACUCCGUAUAGUAAUAACUGCUUUUUUGACCCCGCCAGGAGGUGACAAUUCAGCACCUCUUUUUAAAAAUGGAUUUAGUAGACCGGCAUAUAUUUAGGAUGUACUUUCCUUGUACUAUCGGACGUGUCUGGUUACAUACUUGACAUUGAAAAUAAACUCAUAACUCCGCGCGAAGCCAAAUUCGCCUUGAGUUAGUUAAUGAUAAUACUAAUAAUUACCACUCUGUUAAAAGUGAUUGGUCUAAACAAGCAACAAAGCACACUGGCUCAAUAAUACUAAUACUAAUAAUAAUUAUUUUUAUUUUUAUUAAUAAUAAGUAGUGGGAGCUGUCACGAGUUUACAGCGGAGAUCUAGUCGAGGACAUUCUGCGGUCGAAAUUAACAUUUAGAGUUUGGACGUUACUUGUGUGCCAAAAAUGGAAAAACGAAAAGUUGUUAUUGUGGAAACAGUUGGCUGAUCAGCGCGCGCGCCGCAGACCCGCCAAACUUUUCUCCCGUUGACCGAAUUCAGACCGAGUCUGAUGUGCGCGCAAUGAAUCCGCCAAAUUAUGGAUUUAAAAAUGACACAUAAAAUGGCUUUUUAUUGAUUUAUUAUGGGCUAUUUUAUUUAAAGGAGUCUGUACUUUUGUGUUUCUGAAAAAAAUGUGUAAUUAAACAUUCCGUUAUUACAAGAUUAUACCGUCAAUACUUGAAUCUGCUCCAAUCUGUUUAGAAUAUGAUAGAAAUUUCCGUUAAUCUUUAUUUGUUGUAUUCACUCGUCAACCGGUGGUUAAGAAGGAGAGAAAGUGAGGGGGAGAGAAAUUAUUCCAAAGGGUUGAAAUUUAAAUGUCUAGACGGUGUUUGUUUAAUAUAUGGCGCCGCCUUGUGGAGGAACGGAGGUAUCUUUAACUCGACAAAAUGGCUUGUGCAGCAGACAGCUGCAUACAAUUCACACGGCAUGCCAGUGAUGUCCUGCUCAACCUGAACCGGCUGCGCAGCAGAGAUAUCCUCACCGACGUCACCAUCUUGGUCAACAGACAGCAGUUUCGCGCACACAAGACCGUUCUCAUGGCUUGCAGUGGGCUGUUUUACAGCAUUUUCACCGACUCCCACAAGUGCAACCUUAACGCCAUCAGCCUGGACCCAAAGGUGGAUCCAGAGGGCUUCGCCAUCCUGCUGGAGUUCAUGUACACCUCCCGUCUCACGCUGAAGGAGAGUCUCAUCAUGGCGAUCAUGAACACGGCCAUCUACCUGCAGAUGGACCACGUCGUGGACACCUGCCACAGAUUCAUCAAAUCGAGCGAUCCGGCUAAGCUGCCCAGAGACGAGUUCCUGGUCAGUCCCCUGGUCUUACCUCAGGAUGUCCACGCUUACCGGCCCCACGACGUUGUCGACAGUUUGCACAGCCGCGUAGCUCCGUUCAGGGACGGGAGGCCCUACGGCUCAAACAUGUUCAACGGGGUCAGCACCCCCACCAACUACCAUCUGUACGGGCAGUUCCCCAUGCCCGGAUUCCCUUUCCCCCUCUGCAAGCUGACCGACGCCAAAAACGCUUUCGCCGACCUCUCCAAGAGCGGCCUCCACCACAAGCACUGCUCUCCGCAUGACGGCGCCAACAUGAUCCGGGCGGAAUACGGCCGGGCGAUGGGCACCGGCUCCUCCGGCAUCCUUCACACCACCACCUUCGCUUCCAGGGAGCUCGCGAAAGACGACGAGAUGCGGAGGGAGAGCCACCAGGGGGGCGGCCAGUCCAUCGCCCUCGGCGCGAGGAAACGCGCGUUCCCCGCGUUGACCCUGGAGCACCCGAGAGACUCUGGAAAGGAUCACGCCCCGCAGGCGGAGGAGGACCUCAUCCAUCACCACUACCCACUCGGGAUCUCGUCUGCGGGACGCAAGGGCCUCAUGAGCAGCCCUCAGAGUCCGCUCAAGUCCGACUGCCAGCCCAACUCCCCGACCGAGUCCAGCAGCAGCAAGAACGCCGGCCUCACCCAGGCCGGCGGCGGCGUGCAGGCUCCGCAAGGCACGCAGGACCCCAAGUCCCGCAACUGGAAGAAGUACAAGUUCAUCGUGCUGAACCAGAGCGCGAAGGACGAGGAGGCGGGGCUGCGGGACGCGGGGCUUCGCUCCCCUCAGCGGCUCAGCCUGCAGCCGUACCUCCACCCCAGUGACUCGGAGAACCUCGACCCACAAGCCACGAGCAAGAGCGGCGAGGACCUGCCCGCUCCUCAGGCCAGUCGUCUCAACAACAUCAUCAACGGUGCACUGGAAGGCUCCCUGAGGAACGCUGACGCCGCCCCCCCACACUACCUGAGCCGGCUGAACUGCUCGUCCUGCGGCACGCCGUCUCCUCAACACUCCGAGGUGUGUCCCAAGACCCCCAGGUCCCGCCUGGCGGAGGACAUGGCGGAGCUGCACUCGGAGUACUCGGACUCUAGUUGCGAAAACGGUACAUUCUUCUGCCACGAAUGUGACUCCAAGUUUGCGGAGGACGAGGCGCUGAAGCAGCACAUGCUCCGGGUGCACAGCGACAAGCCGUACAAGUGCGACCGCUGCCAGGCUGCUUUCCGCUACAAGGGCAACCUCGCCAGUCACAAGACCGUGCACACGGGAGAGAAGCCGUAUCGCUGUAACAUCUGCGGUGCUCAGUUUAACAGACCGGCCAACCUCAAGACUCACACUCGCAUCCACUCAGGAGAGAAGCCCUACAAAUGUGAGACGUGUGGAGCUCGUUUUGUACAGGUUGCUCACCUGCGCGCCCACGUGUUGAUCCACACGGGGGAGAAGCCGUAUCCCUGCGAGAUCUGCGGAACGCGCUUCCGCCACCUGCAGACGCUGAAGAGCCACCUGCGCAUACACACGGGAGAGAAGCCGUACCAUUGUGAGAAAUGCAACUUGCACUUCCGCCACAAGAGUCAGCUUCGGCUGCAUCUGCGGCAGAAGCACGGCGCCAUCACCAACACCAAGAUCCAGUACCGCAUGUCGGCGGGCGACAUGCCCACCGACUUGACCACGGCGUGCUGAGUCGGGGGGAGAGAGAGGACUGUUUUCUACAGGCGGCAAUCUUGACCUUGGCAUUUAAAUGACCCCAACUUGUACAAUCAUCCAAAACUGUAGUGCCACACUGUGUUUAUUAGACAAAUUGGCUGUGAACGCCAUUCUAAAACGGGUUUCCACUACAUGUGAACGUAUAGCCACUUUAUUGUUUCUAUAUAUAUAUAAUUAUAUAUGUGUGUGUUGGGAGUGUUUCUAAGCUUUGACGGUACGUAUAUAAAGCUUUAUUUUGUUGAGGAUGGAAUGUAAAAAAAAAAAAUCAUUUUUUUUAAAUACAGUAUUUUAUAUCAGAACUUACUUUUCUGAAAGUAUUACAAAUUUUGAUGGACGGUUGGUACAUAUAUUUUGAGAUUCCCAGAUUUGCGGCUGCAGUUGUCUACACAUUUUUUUAAAUGUACGUACACGUUGCACUGUGUCGAGUUGUCAUAUUCAUGUGAAGAGGUGGAGGAGAAAAAAAAUGUGCUAAUUGGAUUUUGUCAAACAUAUCAGAAGACUGCUGCGGUCUGAUUAUGCAUGAGGUACUCUUACCGUUAUCGGCGCACAUGAAGCGGGCAAACAGCAUAAAUAUUGUGACAUAUUGUGUAAUUAUCUGUGGGGUUGCUCUCUGCUGGCGGAGCCAAUCCAGGUGUGGAAAUGCAUUUGAAGGCUUUGUUGUGACCAAGAAAAUAUUUUGCUUUGAGUGUAUUUGUAUAGAUGUGAAUUUGGUUUUGUUUAUUUUCCAUAGGUAAAGGUUUACAGUUUUGCUCAUUGUUCUAGAUCCUACAGUAAAGUUGUGUACGUGUCAAAAGUUGUUUUGUUUGUGUAUUCAAUGUGCCUUUCUCUGUGGUGUCUGAAUCCGUCCCCCAGUCCGCCCAGCGCUAUUUAAAAAGGUACCCAUGGACAGCACUUGUCCCAAAACCCCCUGACCCCCCCGUGUGUGUGUGUGUGUGCGUGUAUUUAAAUGCUUGUCACCGACCUGAAAACAUGCAAAAUUCAUCAUUGUAAAUCUUCAGGACUUGUUUUUUGAAUUGGUCUUUAUUAAAAAAAACUGCAUUAAAGUUAUUGUACAAUGUUCUAGAUGUAUGAAUGUAAAAUAAAGGUAUUGGAUUUCUA